UUCAUUUUUGUGCGGCACACGGGACUUUUUGGUAGAAAAUGGCCAAAGUGGACAUGCUGCGUCUGCUCAUCAACCAGCGCAUGGCCGAGGUGGCGGAGGAGAUCUUGGCCGUGUUCGGCAGCACCAUCGCCGAGUUGGAGCGGGAGCUGUGCUGCUCCAGGCGGGAGAUCCAGCGGCAGCGGCGGCUUCUGCAAGUCUCCUUCAGCGCAGCGCCCAGCGAGCCGCAUGAUUGGACGGCCGGUCUGAACCUGGAAGGCCAUGUCCCCCCGACCGUCAAAGAGGAGGAGCCCCAGCAGGAAGACACUCCUCCGGGUUCCGAGCCCGAAGUCGCCGUCUUCCUGAGUGGCGACUUAGAGGAGUGGCCCGACGACGUCUGCGGCGCGUCGCCGCUCUCUGACCGCCACGACGCGGAGGACUCCGACUCAGACCCCCAGCCGGGGACAUCCAUGCAGACCGCCCGCGCACGUGCGGGCACACGCGGGCGGCGGAAACCCCGGUCCAAGCCCGCGCGGGACCACGGCAGGAAGGACAAAGCGGACAAGUCGUACACGUGCGGCAUCUGCGGCAAGAGACUGACCCGCUUCGACGGCUACCAGAAACACCUGCGCGUGCACACGGGCGAAAAACCGUACGGCUGCGAUGAUUGCGGGCGGCGCUUCAGCGACAACUCCAACUACAAGCGACACAUUCGGAGGCACAAAAGUCAGACGCCUCAAGACGGCGUCCUCACACACCUGCGCUACAACAAGUGACCACUAGAUGGGGCUGGUUCCUCAUCGUGCUACCUCAGUGACCGCACCCGGUCCGGACGCCACG